GAACGAGAUUGGCACGGCGUGUAAUGUAACCCGUGUUUUGGUGAGAUUCUUGUGCGGGUUUUCGAAGAUCGUUCCUCUUCGGAUUCAUGGCGGCAACCCAACCAUCGCAGGGUCCGGAUCAUACCGUCGGUUUGCAGCUAUGGAUUUGUUCACAUGUAGUUAAUUGUUCGAGUUCAUCCCCAAAUUUUGCUUUGGUUGGUCAAUAAUUUGUACCACCUUUGUGUUUCUACCACUAUACUAAGUCACUGAGCAUACUGAUCUUGUAUGCAGAAGAGAUAUCAGCUGAAUCAGAUAACAUGAAGGAUCAGCUUCAUUCAUCUAUACCUGAGAGGUCAAUAUCUUCUAACUCUUCUCAGGGCACAGCAGCUAUAGGUCAUUCAAGAGAAAUCACAAGUCAAUCAGGACCUUUUGGUUCUGGUGGAGAUCGUCCUUUGUACCCACCAAAUGUCUUUGCUCCCCAGGCUCAGGCUUUCUAUUACAGAGGAUUUGAAAAUGCCAAUGGUGAAUGGGAUGAAUAUCCCUCAUAUGUCAAUUCUGAGGGAUUGGAUAUUGGAUCUCCUGGUGUCUACAAUGAAAAUCCAUCUGUUAUAUUCCAUUCUGGAUAUGGCUUCAACCCACAAAUGCCAUAUGGACCGUAUUCCCCGGUUACCACACCGUUGCCUUCUGUAGGUGGAGAUGCACAGUUAUACUCUCCUCAGCAAUUUCCAUACACCGGGCCACCUUAUUAUCAUCAACUAGUUCCUCCCAGCUUACCAUAUCUCAAUUCACCAACUCCAGUUUCACAGCCAGAGAUCACCAACCUUGUAAGCAUUGAUCAACAGGUUGAUAGCAUGUUUUUUGGACCAAGACCAGGCUAUCCAUCAGUGGGAUCUUUUGGCAGAGGCAGUUUUUCUUUAGCACCUGGCUCGUUUGGUUUUCAUGAAUCCCAGCAAGGAUUUGAUGGACCAAGAUCUGGUGGAAUCUGGUCAGAUUGCUCGAAACCCUCAGAAAGGCACAGGUCUCUAAUGCCUCUAUCACCAUCUGUUUCUCCACAACCAAUUGGCUCGAUUGGCUCAUUUGGCCAGAGUGUUGGAAUGGCUUCUCAUCAACAACGAUCAAUGUAUGGUUUUGGAUCUGGUUCAAACUCCUAUGGUAGGGGCUAUCUGCCUAACCAGGUUUCUAGCUUUGCAGGCACCAAUUCCAGUCUUAGCACAAAUGACAGGAGCUUCCUUUUUCAUGAAAAUAGCAGACGGCAAGGCAGAGCAAAUGCUGCUUUUUGCAAUUGUAAUGGUACCCUUGAUAUACUUAGCGAACAAAAUCGAGGACCUAGGGCAUCAAAGCUGAAAACUCAAAUUUCAGCUGAAAAUAGUUCUGUUGAUAAUAGUAAAAGUAAUGCUGCAUCUACUGCUAAGUUCCAAAAUGAAUCAGUCAACCGACCUGAUUUUGCAACAGAUUACAAGGAUGCCAAAUUUUUUGUCAUCAAAUCUUAUAGUGAAGAUAAUGUUCACAAGAGCAUCAAAUAUGGGGUCUGGGCAAGUACACCAAAUGGAAACAGAAAGCUAGAUGCCGCUUAUCGCCAAGCACAAGAGAAGCAAGAUCACUGUCCUAUAUUUCUCUUCUUUUCGGUAAAUGCUAGUGCUCAAUUCUGUGGUGUAGCUGAAAUGAUUGGACCUGUAAAUUUUGACAAGAGUGCGGACUUCUGGCAGCAAGAUAAGUGGAGUGGGCAGUUUCCUGUGAAGUGGCACAUAAUUAAAGAUGUACCGAACAGUCAGUUUCGACACAUCGUUCUUGAAAAUAAUGAUAACAAGCCUGUGACCAACAGUCGGGAUACACAAGAGGUGAAAUUGCAACAGGGAAUUGAAAUGUUGACCAUUUUGAAGAACUACGAAACCGAUGUAUCUAUCUUAGAUGAUUUUGAAUUUUAUGAAGAUCGACAGAAGGCUAUGCAGGAACGGAAGGCAAGGCAACAGAGCAGUAUGAUGGCUGUCGGACUAGUUGGAGAAAGUGAGCAUAGGGGUCCUGCUAACAUUAGCGGUGAUUUCAUGAAGCAGAUGUCAAAGAGCUUUGCUCAAGUUGUUCGCCUGGAUGAGAGUAAUAAUGAAGCUACAAUUGCCAGUAGAGUAACUUCUGGCUCCGCUUGCCCUGUGGGUGUAGUUAAAGCUGACGAUGGCAGUGGCAUUCCAGUGUCUGCCUCUACAACUCAAACUGGUUAGGAAGAAGUACCAGUUGUGCCGAGAAUUGUAAUUUCUCUUGCUUUUUGGUGAUUGGAAACUCCAAAAAGGUUUCUUUCUCUAGUUAAAAAAUCCCAGCAAGUUGGCGUUGCUGAUGCUGUCAUUCAAGUUAUUGUACUCUGUCAUCAGAUUUCCGAAGGUGGUUGGUUUUACUUCUGUGAAAAAAAGGGUUUCAUGUAUAAUAUAUUUCCUAUAGUACGCCAUCUAAAUUGUAGAUUUAGUUUUUCCUCCUGACAUGGGACAUUCCUUAGUUGCCCAGGUGAAGAUUUUAUUCCCCUCCUUUUCAUUUUGUUUAAUAAUUUUGGAUUAGUUUUGAUAGGUUUUGCUUCCCAUUUGUAAAUGGUUAAACAUCUUUGCGACCCUUCUAAUAAAGGCAGCCAAAAUAAAUAAUGCUUUAAGCAUAACUCUGUUGUUGUAGUUGACGUCAAA